GCGGGCAGGGGUUCCCGCGGCGCGGCUCGACUCGGCUCGAUGCGAUUGGAUUCGCUCCUCCCCUCAGCGCCGAGGCGGAGCGGGGCGGUGGCGGCGGGCGGGCGGUCGGGCGGGCUCAGCGCGCCCCCAUGGCCCUGGCGCCGGGUCAGCGGGCACGGUAGCAGCCUCCGGCUGUCGCCGCGGGUGACUCAGAGCUGCCCGGGCAGGGUGGGCUGGAGAUGCGCCUCUCCGCCGGGCUCCGGGCAGCCGCGGGAGACUGACUGAGCCACAAAGAAGUUUCCCCGGCGGCGGCGGCGCGGCGCUCCCCCAUGCACGCCUCCGGCCGCCGGUCCUGGAGCGCUGCUCGGCAGGCGCCCGGCGCCGACCCCGCCAUGGAGCCCCGCGCGGGGCUGCACAGCAGCCCGGAGCUCAGCCGGGCCAAGCGGCUGACCGUGGGGGAGCUCUGCUCCCUCUUCGAGGCUCGCUGCGCCGCCGUCGCCGCCGCCGCCGCUCGUCAGCUGCCCGACCGGCCGAAGAGGGGCUGCCGCCCCCCGAACGGGGUGCUGCCGCCCGUCAUCCCCCGGCUCACCGUCACCGCCGAGGAGAGCGAGGAGGCGCAGGGCAGCCCCCAGGCGCGGCCGGCGCGGCCGGAGGGCGGCGGGCUGAGGACGGGCAGCUCGCUGCACCUGCAGUCCCGCCGGCUGUCCAACUCCUCGGUCUCCUCCACCGGCUCCUCGUCCCUCCUGGAGGACUCGGAGGACGACGUGCUGAGCGACACGGAGUGUAGGAGCCAGGGCAUCGUGCACUUGGAGCACGGCGAGGACACCAGCCAGUCUCCUGUGUCAGAUGCUCAAAAAAAAAAAUUACCAGGCAUUUCCCAGCAGAAAAAGGCAUGGCAUACAAUUAAAACCAUGGUUAACUUACCAGUCAUCAGCCCCUUCAAGAAACGCUACUCAUGGGUGCAGCUGGCUGGGCAUACAGGGAAUUUCAAGGCAGCUGAUAGUGGGAAGAUUCUCAAACGCUUCUCAGAGAAUGAAAAGGAGUGUUUUGAACGAUUGAUGAAAGAUCCACUACGCUCCUGCGUCCCUUGCUUCCAUGGCGUGGUGGAGAGAGAUGGCGAGAGCUACAUCCAGCUGGAUGACUUGCUCACUGAUUUUGAAGGGCCAAGCGUGAUGGACUGCAAGAUGGGAAUCAGAACAUACCUGGAGGAAGAGUUGACUAAGGCACGAGAGAAGCCAAAGCUGCGUAAGGACAUGUACAAGAAAAUGAUUGAAGUGGAUCCUCUUGCUCCCACGGCUGAGGAGAACGCCCAGCAUGCUGUCACCAAACCCCGCUACAUGCAGUGGAGAGAAACCAUCAGCUCUAGUGCCAACCUCGGCUUCAGAAUUGAAGGAAUUAAGAAGGCGGAUGGAACAUGUAACACAAACUUCAAAACAACGAAGACACAGGAGCAAGUUCUACAGGUUUUUGCGGAAUUCAUUGAGGGCAACACAACUAUUCUGAAAAAAUACCUCAAACGUCUGCAGGAAAUUAAUGUCAUUCUGGAAUCCUCAGACUUUUUCAAGCGACAUGAGGUAGUAGGAAGUUCACUACUUUUUGUACAUGAUGGCAGUGGGAAUGCCAAUGUGUGGCUGAUCGAUUUUGGAAAGACCACCCUUCUUCCUGAUGGGCAGACACUGGAUCACAGGAUCCCCUGGCAAGAAGGCAACAGGGAGGAUGGGUACUUGUUGGGAUUGGACAAUUUGAUUGGCAUUUUGGAAAGCAUCACUGAAAGAUGAGUUGAGAAAGGCACAAAACUUGCAGGGCUUCUCUGUAACUUUCUGCUUUACUGAAGUAGAAGGAAACUCAGUUAGAAGGAAACCUUUAACUCCAAACUCCUGAGGUUGUCAGUGCAGAGGGAGCUGCAGAACCCAGCAGUCAGUGAUCAAAGUUACUUUGCAUCAGCCCUCUAUGAACUUAAAUGAAUUACUCCAGAUUGGUCUGUGUUGCACCAGAUGAACUUGAGACUGUCCUCAGAGAAUGAAGAUCUCCAUACUCGGGAAUCACACCAGCAUGAGUCAAGAGGUGGCCCAGAGCACCAGUCUAUGGACACUCACUUGCUAGAGUGAGGAAGCAGCAUGGCCUUCUUUCACUAUGGGGUAAGUUGUGUUGAAUAAGCUUUUAUUUACCAGAGGGUGAACAUGGUGCACAUGCACAGGCAUGUAACACAGGGGCAGCUGAUGCUUGGUAACCAAGGAGUUUGUUCACAUGCAAGUCCAGAAUGUCGUUCAUUAAUGCAUCUGCUGAGAUAGUGCCUCACUCUGGAGGAAUCACAUGUGGUUCCACAGCAGGGUCAGAGAUGCUGGCCUAGGGGCAUUUUGGUGCUGGGCAGAUGACCUCUGACUUGGGCUCCAAGGUCCUUAAACUCACUAGUUAAAUGCAGCAGUGCUGUAGCUGCUGCAUUCCUGUAGGACUAGGGAAGUAGGACUGUAGGACUAAGAAAUAGGGCUAUGACUUCUCUCCCUCAGUUUCAUCAUUGACUUGGGGUUUUUUUGGCCUUGGACAACUCUCCUAGGCAUAGUUUUGUUCCAAUUUUACAGAUGGGAAUAGACCUACUUACCCCGUGGCAAUGGUGUGAGGCUCUCCUUCAUUAGUGCCUGCAAGCUGCUGUGAGAUUCUUUGGAGGAAGGUGCAAUAUAGAAAAAAUUCACAGAGAUAGAUCAGAUAAGUUUAAAAAUUAGGGAUGUUGAGGCCUCACAGAGAUAUACAUUCGGCUAAAAUUUAACCGAAGUGGUAAAACCUAAAUCCCUCUAAAUUUUGUACAGGGAGGUAUUCACUUAAGGUCUGAUCCAGUUCCAGUUAAAGGGAAAGACUUCAAUGUAUCUCAGAGGGCUUUUGCUACUUUUUUAUUGCUGUUGUUAUUAUUUGUUAUUCUUAAGGUACUGAGAUCAAAUGGCCUGUAUCAUCCACAUGCAUCCGUUCUGAACACUACAAUGCAAUGCUGACAUUGACUGUAUUGGAUGAGUGUUUGUUACUCUGAAGUGUGUAUGCUACUAAAUAAAUCAGAAUGAAGGAAAAAAA